AUGAACUAUUUUACAUUUGGAUAUGAUGGGUACAUCUACGCUGGAGUUAUCGCCAUGCCAACUUUCAUUGAGAAAUUUGGUAGCGAGACUCCGACUGGGCAUAUUCUGACCGCGAGUCAGACAUCCAUUGUUUCGUCGAUUCCUACAGUGGGCUGCCUUGUUGGGUUUGUGAUGAUCGCGGUGCUGGCGGAUCGCUAUGGCCGCAAAAUCACCAUCUAUGUUGCCGCGUUAAUCGGGCUCGUCGGAAUGGCUUUACAGGUGGCAGGAGUAAAUCUUGCCGUCAUCACGGUUGGUCGAACGAUUGCAUCUGUCUCGACCUUUGUCACCAUCAAUAUGGCCCUCACUCUGUCAGCCGAGCUCGCCGUUCCUUCAAUUCGAGGUGCGAUCGUGACGCUCUCGUCCGUCACAAUCGGAAUCGCGGGCAUCAUUGCAUCUGGGGUCAAUUACGGGACCUAUGCAAUCCAAAGCAGCUUGGCCUGGCGACUUCCGGUAGGCUUGCAGCUUAUCGGGCCAUGUUUGAUCAUCCUAGCAGCACUCUUCGUCAUGGAGUCGCCCACGUUCUAUCUCAUCAAAAGUGACGACGUGCGGGCCAAACAGAGCCUACGCAAAGUCCGGCAGGGCUACACGAAUGCAGAAAUCGAGACCGAGCUGGAGAACAUGAGACACCAGCACGCUCUAAGAGCAACCGAACAGUCCGUUUCCAUGCUGGACAUCUUCAGGGGUGCCAACCUCCGACGGACCAUCCUUGCCUCCUCCUUUGUCAUCAUCACCCAGCUCUCCGGUCUGGCUUUUGCCACCACGUACGCCGCCAUAUUUUUCGUGCAGAUUGGCAAUGCCAAUCCAUUUCUGAUGGUGCUCGCCUUGUGCAUCCUGGAAUGGGGAGGCGCCUGUGCCGGGCAGGUUUUGAUUGAAGUGCUUGGUCGGCGCAGACAGGCUCUGUUCGCAACCAGCGUACUUUUCGUUCUUGACCUUGCGGUCGGGGGACUUGGCUUUGCCCCAGCCACGAACAAAAAGGCCACCACGGCCAUAGCUGCUCUGUGCCUCGUCUUCGGAUUCUUCAUCGCGGCCACCAUGAGCCCGCUGCAAUGGUGCGCCGUGGCCGAGUUUCCCACCGCACGUCUUCGCAACACGACGACUUCGUACGCGCUUCUCAACGCGAACCUGGCUACUCUGGUAAUCUCCUACGUGUUGCCAUAUAUCACGAAUGCGGACGCCGCGAAUCUGGGACCGAAGGUCUACCUCAUAUUCGCAGGAUGUAUGCUUUUGUGCUUCAUUUGGGCGUAUUUCUGUUACCCCGAGGUCCGUGGAAGGACCUUGGCCGAGUUGGACGAGAUGUUCGAGGCCCGCAUCCCAGCGAGGAAGUUUCGGACCUAUAUCUGCGCUAACGCUCUGGAACACACCGCGACAACGAUCAAAGAAGGGCCUCAAGCUGAGGAAGCCGAGAACAUUCUUGAGGAGGAGAAAGUCUGA